AUGAUAACGUUGAAAGAUUCAACAACGCCAUCCACAUCAGCUCCUGUUGCCGUAGUUGUUAAUAAUUGUGUUUACACACCAUCACACUAUCAAUUUCUUGCUCAAUUCAAAGAAGAAAGCAGCUAUUCCCCAGUGUCAUUUCUUCCUAAUCCUUGCGCCAUGCUUCCAUCGAAUCAAGAUGCAACUGUGACUUCAACAACGGCAUCCCGAGAAGAUUUUGGCGAAUACCAACCUUCGUUGCAUAUUCCUUAUUCAUUUAUGGCACCAAUGUCCUCAUCAGGAGAAAAUGCCACCAUCGAUAUCGAAUCAGAGAUAGUCACAACAAACCAACCAUCUACCUCCAUGAACAAUAACCACCAUCUAAAUAUUGACAACAACCAACCUAAUUUUGAAGAGACAAACAUCUUUCAUGAUUUUACAUCUACAACAACAACAACAACAACAACAACAACGCUACGAAAUCGACAACAAAAUCAUGUGGACAUGCAAUCACCUCAAUCAUUCCAUCAUUCUGACAUUAAUCGCGCAGCGACAAACACAUUUCAAAAAGUGCCUCCACAACCACCGGAUCAACAACAACAGCAACAACCACCACCACAAACCAUGGACUUGUCUAACUUGUCCAUCUUGUAUCCCUUAUCUGGUGUGGAUGGUCUUCUUCCUGUUGAUCAUGAUCAUGUGGAUCAUUUGAUUUCCUUUUUAAAGGGAGAUGGGUUCAAUCCAAACAACACCAUGGAUGGUCGUAUGACCAACAACAACAACAUGGAAUUACUUGUUCAAGCAAACAUGAGCAGCAUUAAUGAUCAUUCUAAAAUGUCGUUCAAGAACAUGUUGGUUGGCGGUCAUGAAGCUGCUACAUGUAACAUCGACACGACACCAUCCUACAUGCAUGAUACAUGUAUCAACAAUGAGCAGCAACAACAACCAACUCCGCUCGUGCAGGAUAACAACAAUGCGUUUACGCCUCAUUUUGCUUUCAGGAAACGAAAGAACACCAAACGAAAAAGCAUCUCAUCUUCACCAUCAUCCUAUUCUUCGAACUCUUUGGAUGAGGAUACACAACAUGUGAAGCAUGCCGAUCUCAUUCUUGACGAUGAGGAUAUUUCCAAUGACCAAUUCGCUUCUGAUCUGCAAGAUCAAGACGACCAUUCUCAUUCUCCAACAAGUAUUCGCAACAAAUCAUCAACAGGCAACACUAUUGGAGCUAAAGCUUAUCCAAAUGGGAGAAAACGAGCGAGCAAAGCAUGUUUGGAAUGUCAAAAAAGACACACUCGAUGUGGAUUUGAAAGACCAUGCGAUCGGUGUACCAAGCUGGGAUUGAAUUGUGUGGAAGUAGUUUCCACAAAGAAGAGAGGAAGAUCCACUGCCAACAUGAACAACAAGCACAAGUUGAGUGAGGAAACAUUGGAUCUUGCUCCAUCUCGAAAAAAGGAAAAGACAUCUUCCAGAGCACCAAAUCAAACUGCUUCACCAAGUUCAAAUGAAAGUAAUAUUGAGAAUGUUAACAAUGCUAGUGGUAGUAGCAUCAUUGAGAAGCAAUCCGAAUCGAGCAAUCCAAAUGAAGCAUCUUCAUCAUCUAGUAUUCCAAAUGGGUCAGAACAAGUUCUUAAUUUUGGUAAUAAUGGAACCAAAAAGAGAAACAAAUCGAAUUCCAACACCACAACUUCAAGGAAGAGAACUAAUCCAAAGAAAGAUCCAGAUUCGGCAACUUCUUCUCAAACCAAUUCAAAAUCUUCAAGCUCUUCAUCAUUGACAGGAAUUCAUCAAGCUGAAACCAUGAAUACAACCACGACGACAGCCUCAAGAACUACCUCUCCAACGACUGCUCAAGCACAUUCCAUGCCACAACCUCAUCAUCAAAAGCCUCCUCAACAACAACAACAACACAAAUUACUUCCUCGGGUAUCAUCCUCUUCGUCCUUUGGAACGCUGCUGCACCCAAUUCCUUCCAAUGUAUCCUCUAUUUCUUCAUCUUCGACCACCUCCUCUCAUUCUCCAAUUAAUUAUUUGAACAACAAUGCACCAGUAACAGCAGCAUCGAGCUAUGCUUCUCAACAGCCAUAUUCCAGCAAUGCUCUGACUCAACUUCAAUUUCCAACUCUUCCUUCAGCCAGUUAUGAACAAACAGGAUUCAUCAUGACUGGACCGAAUUUCCCCAAUAUUAGGUGUGUGAGCGAAGGCUUAUUGAGUCGAUUGGGCUAUCAAACGAGUUCUCAACUGACAUCUCUCACUCAAAUUUUCAGUUUGGAUUUUGUCAAUUCCGAACUCAUUCAACUCAAUCAAGAUAUUAAGGCUAGAGCCACAAUUCUUCAACAAGUGCAAGGAGGUGCUGAUUUACUCCGGCAAGGUCAUUUGAGAAUUCAAAAAGAAGGCAUUACCAACGUGAGAACGAUUAUGGGAAUGGAGCAAUUGAAAUUUAAAAUGUUCCACUCGUUCCGAGAGGAUCAACCAGCCUCGUUGGAAGCAGUCUAUGUAUUUUUGUUUUGGCAUUAA